AUGAUUGAUGUGGUUAAGACACUCAAGCCAGAAAAUAUGAUUCCGCAAUAUGUGGAGCAGUCUGAAUACGCAGUCCUGGAAGGUGUUCCCUGGCAACAGAUCGAGGGCUGGUAUUCAGCGAGUGCGCUGACACCUGACCAUAUCGAAAAAUUGAAGAAUGGCGAGAAGCUUGAGGAGCUGUUUGAACCCAAUCCAGAGUUCGAUCCAAAAUACCUUAAUAUGCGAAGCAGUGGAGCACAGCAUCAGCUUGCCGGUUUUGGAAAAAGAAAAACAGGCAUACCAAAACCCGGAUUACCAAAGAAAAGUCUGCGCAAGAUUCCACCAUUCGAUAAGUUUGAUCACGAUAAACUCGAGCCAUACUACAAAAAGACGCUUGACGAAGUCGCACCUGACCUGAAACUACCAAAUAUCUGCAAGAGAGGGGGCUCUGGGUGUGUGGAAUUGAUUCGUGAGGAGCAGUCUGUCGAUAUCAUCGAGGCAAACAAUAUUGCCGAGGCUACUACGGCAAUGGAAGCUACCGAGGCUGCUGGGGCACUUGGAGGGUUUGAACCUGCCGAGGCCUUAGAAGUUAAAGCUAUGGAGGCUGCUGAAAUUCUCGAGCUCGAGGCGGAGGCUGCUUUCUUCGAAGAAAUAUUGGCAUUGGCGUUACUUCUUUUAAUCUCAAAGUACAUGUAUAGAGUGACAUCCUUGUCCGACCUUUCAACUAAAUGUCUUGACGGAGAUGUUACUCCCGGAACCCAGUACAAGCACUUUUUCCAGGGCCGGCUUAUACCUAGCAGUUUUGAAAGCCUAGCUAGGUGUCAAUUAUCCUUAGGAGCCUUUCGAUACAACUAG